AUGGCUGCCAGCAACAAGUACUCCUCCCCCAGCUUCACCGCGCUGGUGGUGGAUGCCAUGCGCAAGCACUACCCCGAAGAGCUUGCUGACAGAAGAUGGGACAACGUGGGCCUUCUUCUGGACAACAUCGAAGUCCCGGAGACCCGGAAGCCCAAGAACCCAGUCGUGCUUCUCACCAACGACCUCACCUACGCCGUCGCCGAGGAGGCCAUACAGAAGAACGCCAGCGUCAUUGUGAGCUACCACCCUUUCAUCUUCUCCGGCCUGAAGUCCAUCACAACAAAGGACCCGCAACAAGCAACCCUGCUCCUUCUCGCCGCCAACGGCAUCGCAGUCUACUGCCCCCACACCGCCAUCGACGCCGCCCCCAACGGCCUGAACACCUGGCUCGGUGACAUUGUCUCCGGCGGCCCCGCUUCCUCAUCCUCCACGGCCGCCCCCUCUACCCGCACCGUCAUCAACCCGCUCUCCGGUCCGGCUCCCGCGGGCUUCGAGGGCUCGGGCUACGGCCUCCUCUGCACCUUCCACCAGCCCGAAUCCCUGGCCGAAAUCAUCCGCCGUGUCGCCUCGCGCGUCGGCAUGCGCCGCGUCAUGGUCGCCUCUCCGGACCCGGGCCGCCUCUCGACGGCACGCGUCGACGCCGUGGCCGUUUGCGCGGGCAGUGGGUGGGACGUCGUCAAGAGCGCUGCGGCUGACGUGGUCGUGACGGGCGAGAUGACCCACCACAACGCCCUCAAGGCCGUGCAGGAAGGCAAGACGGUUAUCACGGUGUUCCACAGCAAUUCGGAGAGGGGUUACCUGACAGAGGUGAUGAAGCCGCUGUUAGAGAGCGAGCUGAAGGGCAAGGAGGCCGGUGUUCAGGUCCUCGUCAGUGAGGCCGACCGGGAUCCGUUCAACAUCGUGGACAUCUCCGAGUUGUAA